UCGGGGUGUCACGUGUAUCUAAUUGCCCCUCACACGCCCCGCCUACAGAUAGGUCACAUGGUUUUGGCGUCACUGCUGUUCGCGUUUCCCCGCAAAGUGCCCACAGGGAUGUUCCCAGCCCUCCGGGUGUUCUAUACCGGCCUGGCAUUCAGAGUGUGGGGGUCGCCCCGCUACCCAGGAGCCCUUGCAGAACUACAGACAUGUGACGGACAGAAGAGGCUGAGCAGUUCAGGGGAGCGGGGGUGCAACGAGGAGGUGCAGAAAGCACAGAGAGCGGCUGCAGAGAGGAACGGGGGCUCCCCCAGUCCCCCCACCAUCUUCUCCCGCAUCAUCGACAGGACACUGCCCGCUGACAUCAUACAUGAGGAUGACAAGUGCGUGGCUUUCCGGGAUGUGAACCCCCAGGCGCCAGUUCAUUUCUUGGUUAUUCCUAAAACUCCCAUCGCCCGGCUGAGCCAGGUUAAUGCCAGCGACACAGAGCUCCUGGGGCACCUACUGGUCACUGCCAGCCGCUUGGCUCACAAGGAAGGACUGGCCGAUGGCUACAGACUGGUGAUUAAUGAUGGGAAACACGGGGCCCAGUCGGUGUAUCACUUGCACCUACACGUGAUCGGGGGGCGGCAGAUGGGGUGGCCUCCGGGAUAAUAAUGAGCUUCCAUUAUGGGCACCUCAGGGAUCCAACCACUUCUGCACACAUUUCCCAGCAUCCUCUGCCAGUGCAAGACAAGUGCAGACACCUGGGAGGCAGCUGUUGAACUGUAUCUCCCUGCGCUCCAGCACCUGUAUGUGCCUGCGGGUACCAUAAUAACCAGCUGCCUUGUGGGACUUCCCCGGGGCCAUUCAGUAGCACUUACCUGUGUGUGUCUGAGAUUAAACUACUGUGUCACUAC